UAUCGGUCUCUUUCCGCUGGCAUCGUAACUUCUUCGCAUUCCUUGGCCCUCGCGUCCAGCCCACUGGUCGCCGUCUCUCAUGCGGGCAUUGCCAGCUCGCCGACCAUCGCCACUCUGACUCCAGGUCGUCCGUACAGUCAAUUCGGCGGUCAGAGAUGUACAAAAAUCCUGAAUUUGGGACAGAGCUGUACUGGAGCCGCGCUGUCGGCCGGUAUUCCGGUAACGGUACCGUCUUGUGAGACAACUGGGCCUAUCGGUAGCUUCAUGGGGGCAACAGAGGGACCACGAGGGCGGUUUUCCGGCGUUUAUCUGUUCAACAGCCUGCCUCGUCCGGCUGGGGUCGUUAGACCUGCAGGUGAAGAAGAUGGGGAAAGCUGUUCCACUGGGAAACAAUUGGUCGGUUCGGACUCAACGUUGGGCCGAGUAAGCAUUUGGGCUAUUCAACUUUGA